CCACCUUUCAGUCUUUCACCUCCCUCUCAGAACUCUCACAACAGCAAGUGUCAGAACUUCUGAGCUCACUCAGAGAGAAAACAAAGAAAAAGGGAAACCCCGAAAACCCCAUUCUUUCCUUCUUCCUUCCUUCACCCCAAAACUCACACUGCUUCUCCUCUCUUCUCUCUCUCAAUAACCAUUCUAACUUCAUUUACUUCCUUCAACCUAAUAACUUCUCCUCCCUAUUUUACCAGUCAAGCAAGCUCCCAGGAGCUCCUGCACUUUGUCUUCCUUUCCGUUACAAAUCUCCACUAAACCCUAGAAAGAACCCCAUUUCCCCACUAUUGUCUCUCUUUCUCUCUCACUAUCUCCAUUUCCGUCUGAAUCUUCUAAAAAACAGAGCCCACAAUCACCAUUUCUUGUUUUGCACAGAACCCAGAAAACCCAAAAUUUUCCCCACUCUGUCUCUGGCUGAAGAACUGAAAAUGACUCAAAGUUAGUUGCUUCAUUUUUCCACCAUCAAAAGGGGGAUAUAGGUAGCUUUGAAUGAAACUUUUGAUGGGUUGCGGGCUAUCACAGCUAGCUGCCAAAUUUGCCUUCUUCCCACCAACCCCACCAACGUACCAGAUCAAGAAGAAGGAAGGUGGAGGUGGGAAUGGGAGUAAUAAGCUAACCGUUGUCUCUACUUCCCCUUCUCCUUCAUUUCCCCUACCUCAUGCCGACGACAAUUCGUUAGAUGUGCUGUUGAUCGACACCAAACGGGGCAACAAGAUUGUUGCUUUCUACCUUAGGAACCCAUACGCGAGGCUCACUCUGCUUUACUCUCAUGGCAAUGCUGCUGAUCUUGGUCAGCUCUAUGACCUCUUUGUCCAGCUCAAGGUCAACCUCAGAGUCAAUCUCAUUGGAUACGAUUAUUCUGGCUAUGGAGCCUCCACUGGUAAGCCGAGUGAGUCCAACACGUAUGCUGACAUAGAAGCAGUGUAUCAGUGCCUUCAGACAGAGUAUGGAGUUAGUCAGGAGGACCUGAUUUUAUACGGACAAUCUGUUGGUAGCGGACCGACAUUGCACCUGGCAGCCAAGCUCCCAAGACUGAGGGGGGUAGUCUUGCACAGUGCCAUUCUUUCCGGUUUACGUGUGCUCUGCCAUGUAAACUGUGCAUUUUGCUUUGACAUAUACAGGAACAUCAACAAAGUUCAGGUGGUGAAAUGUCCUGUGCUAGUGAUACACGGCACGGAGGAUGAUGUGGUGAACUGGUUACACGGGGAUGGACUAUGGAAACUGGCAAGGGAACCAUACGAACCUUUAUGGAUUAAAGGGGGCGGCCAUUGUAACUUGGAGCUAUACCCUGAUUACAUCCGCCAUCUUUGGAGGUUCAUACAUGAAAUGGAAAACAUGAACACAAAACUACGUCUCAAAAGAAUACGUCAGUGCCUCAACCUAAAACCCAAGUCAUCAACCCGCCACCGCUGCUGCAGGUUUAGACUCUGGCGCCCGAGAUGCCCAACAUGUUUUACUCCCACGUGCAUAAAAGUUCGCUUCUGCAGCAUCAAAUGCAGCAUGGGAGGAGGGUGUUGGAAGUACUGCUGCCCUCUGCAAUGUUGUUGGAAGCCGUCUUCCAGGUGCUGCUCUACGAAAUGCUCAACGUCCUGCUGCUUCCGGUGGCAGUGCUGCUGCUGCUGCUGUGGUCAAACAAGCAUUGGAAUGAAUGGAAAACAUGAAGGAUGAUGAUGAAUUGGUGUUCUUACGGUGGGUUAUGGGUAUGCUUGUAUAGAUGAUUUGAUGAUUCUACUAACCUAAGAGAAUAGUCAAAUGAAUAACAAGCUUUUUUGGGUUGAGCAAUGGGAUAAGAUGUAACUUAUGGCAAUGAUUGGUUAAGCGGAAAAAAAAAAGGCCUAGUGGUAUUUUUUAGUCU